AUGAGGCCGGGGCCACCAGUCUUGUUGCUGGUCCUGGUCCUGGCUGGGGGUUCCCAGCCACAGGAGUGGCACCCCAAGGAGGCCCACAACCUCAACUGGGACAAGUUUUCAGGGUUCUGGUACAUUCUGGCCGUGGCCAGUGACGCACAGGGAUUCUUGCCAGCCAGAGACAGAAGGAAGUUGGGGGCAUCCAUAGUGAGGGUGAAGAAGACAGACCAGCUCAAGGUGGUCACUGCCUUUAGCCGAUCACAGGGUUGCCAGUCACAGGAGGUGACCCUGAGGAAGGACAGGAAGAAGGCUGUGUUCAGGAACACCUUGAGAGGGGUGAAGGCCUUCCGAGUGCUGGCCACCGACUACAGCUACGGCCUGGUCUACCUGCAGUUGGGGAGGGUGGCCAUCACCCACAGGACCCUGCUGCUCCUCCAUAGACAGAAUGUGUCAAGUUUCCAGAAUCUGAAAGACUUCAUGGACAGGUGCGACAUCUUGGCGCUGACCAAGACUGCUGUCGUCCUCCCGAAAGAUGAGUCCUGUGCACAUACCAUCCUGCCCUGAGAGCAUCCUUUGCUCUUUCCUUUCGACUUGUGGUCCUCCCAGAACCCACAGCCUUGCUCCAGAUGACAGGUCUUCAGCUCAGUGGCUUGUUGAGAAGUGUUUGGUGACCCACGGCCAUCGAAAGUGUGAAACUCAAGGAGCUCUGACCUCAGAGGAUGAGGAAGGAGGGUCGCCUCCCUAAGCUGGGCCCCCUGCCCUGUGUCCUCCCAAGUGCUCCCCACCACUGGCAUGCUGCUGUGAAAUAGACCAUGGGAAGGCAGUGUG